AUGGCAAAGAAAGAAGACAAGCCAUUUUGCUGCUAUGGUUGCCUUCUUUGUCCAGAAGGCAAAAUUUCAAACCAAGAGAAUAUGGCUGACUGUUUGAAAUGUCCAGAAGAUCAUUAUCCAAACAAUUACCAAAACUUAUGUAUUCCAAAAUACAUGCAUUUUUUGUCAUAUGAAGAACCUUUAGGGUUUACUUUGGCCACUUUUGCUCUUUCGCUUUCUUUUAUUACAUUUCUUGUGUUAGGAACAUUUUUCAAAUACCACACGACACCAAUAGUCAAAGCAAACAACCGGAACCUCACAUAUAUUCUACUUAUCUCUCUCCUGCUUUCUUUCCUUUCUCCUUUAUUAUUUCUUGGCCACCCUAAAAAGGUUACCUGUCUACUUAGACAAACUGGUUUUGGUAUCAUCUUCUCUGUGGCUCUAUCUUGCAUAUUGGCAAAGACCAGCAUGGUGAUUCUUGCUUUCAGGGCUACAAAACCAGGGUCUGGGUUAAGAAAAUGGAUAGGAAAUCAGUUAGCUAUCUCCAUAGUCCUUUUCUGCUCCUGUAUUCAAAUCAUUAUUUGUCUUGUGUGGCUAGCCAGGUCUCCACCAUUCCCAGAUUUUGAUAUGCACUCAGUAAUACAUGAAAUUACCCUUCAGUGCAAUGAUGGGUCUGUUUCCAUGUUUUAUUGUGUCUUGAGUUAUAUGGGUUUCCUGGCUAUUGUCUGCUUCAUGGUGGCCUUCCUAGCUAGAAAGUUGCCAGACACUUUCAAUGAAGCCAAGUUUAUCACCUUCAGCAUGCUGGUCUUCUGUAGUGUUUGGGUAUCUUUUGUUCCAACCUACUUGAGCACCAAGGGGAAAUACAUGGUGGCCGUGGAGGUCUUCUCCAUCCUGACUUCCAGUGCUGGGUUACUCAGUUUUAUCUAUUUUCCCAAAUGUUUCCUCAUUAUUCUGAGGCCUUCUAUGAAUACAAGGGAACAACUAAUAAAAAGAAAACAUUGA